GGAGGAGAGAGUCAGUGUUAUGGUGUAUUCUCUGUAUUCCCGUGUGUUUUGUGUGUGUGUGCGCAUAUAGAUAACAAGAAGAGAUAGAAAGUCAUCUCCUGUUCUCCUUCUCUCCUUUGCUCCCUCUCCUCCAUUCCUCUUGCUCUCCAUUUUUAUCUGAUAAUGUGAAAAAAGCAGAGGGAGAGAAGAAGCGAAUCUGUGCAUGUUGCGUGGAAAAUCUUUAAAGCGCAAUCCGGCUUACGUUUGCUCCACGACUCCCCACGACGCUGCCACAAGAUUUUGUUCCCUUCCCACCACCACCCACACCCAAAUUCCGUCCGCCCGGUGUGCGCAGUUUUCUUAUCCUUCACCUUCCAUUUCCCUAUAAAUUUCUCUCCAACAGCUACACUUCACACAGCCUAAUCCUUAAUAAAAAAGAAAAAAAUACACAAACCAAAGAAGCAGAGGAGAAAGGAAACACAUGGCGCCGAAGCUUCUGCUGACGUUUGUUAUAUACCGUUUAAUCUCCACCGUCGGGUUGACCUUAGACCCCACCGACCUCCUUCGACUAGAAGUCGACGGUCACUUGAGCGUCGACCCCUCCGACGUGAAAACGGCUUCCGUGGACUUCGGAAUGAUGAACCGAGCGGAGCCAUUGGCGGUUCUUCACCCGAGUUCCGCGGAGGAUGUAGCUCGACUCGUCGGAGCGGCUUACGGGUCGGCUCAUGGGUUGAGUGUGUCGGCGAGAGGGCAUGGGCAUUCCAUUAAUGGGCAGGCGCAGACAAGUAGCGGAGUGGUGAUUGAGAUGAGUGCGUCAAAGGGUGUGAGGCAGUGGGGUUUGCCUCGUGUUUCAGAGCAGUCGAGGUAUGUGGACGCGUGGGGUGGAGAGCUGUGGAUAGAUGUGCUGAAGACCACACUAGAGCACGGGCUUGCACCAAAAUCAUGGACUGAUUACCUGUAUCUCUCCGUGGGUGGAACCCUUUCGAAUGCUGGGAUUAGCGGACAAGCUUUCAAUCAUGGACCGCAGAUUAGCAAUGUCUAUGAACUUGAUGUUGUCACAGGCAAAGGCGAGCUCUUGACAUGCUCAGAAGAACAAAACUCAGAACUUUUCCAUGCUGUUCUAGGUGGUCUGGGGCAAUUUGGGAUUAUCACCAGAGCAAGAAUUGGUCUGGAACCAGCUCCUCAGAGGGUGAGGUGGAUCCGAGUACUGUACUCCAAUUUUUCGACAUUUACCAAGGACCAAGAGUAUCUCAUAUCCCUGCAUGGACAGCCACCCAACCAGAAAUUCGACUAUGUUGAGGGCUUUGUUAUAGUUGAUGAAGGCCUUAUCAACAACUGGAGGUCCUCCUUUUUCUCCCCUCGCAACCCUGUUAAAAUCUCCUCUUUUGGAACUAACGGGGGUGUGCUCUACUGCUUAGAGAUCACCAAGAACUACCAUGAAUCCACUGCCGAUACUAUUGACCAGGAUGUAGAGGCUCUGCUGAAGAGACUAGAUUUUAUUCCAUCAUCGGUCUUCACAACGGAUCUUCCAUAUGUGGAUUUCCUGGACCGGGUUCACAAGGCGGAGCUCAAGCUCCGGUCGAAGGGUUUGUGGGACGUGCCGCACCCUUGGCUCAACCUUUUUGUCCCCAGAUCAAGGAUUGCUGACUUCGAUGAAGGCGUAUUCAAGGGCAUUUUGGGGAAUAAGACAAGUGGCCCCAUCCUCAUCUACCCUAUGAACAAAAACAAGUGGGACGACCGCACAUCGGUGGUUACGCCAGAGGAGGACGUGUUUUACCUUGUGGCGCUGCUGCGGUCAGCUUUGGAUUCCGGAGACGAGGCCCAGAGUUUGGAGUAUCUCAGCAAUCAGAACCGUCAGAUCCUCAGAUUCUGUGACGAUGCUGGGAUCAAGGUGAAGCAGUAUCUGCCUCACUACACCACGCAAGAGGACUGGGUGGACCACUUUGGUGAUGACAAGUGGACUUUGUUUUCCAAGAGAAAGAUGGACUUCGACCCCCGGCGUAUUCUAGCCACCGGCCAGCGCAUUUUUAAACCCAUGGCGGCUUCUGCUUGGUGAAUCAAUCACCCUCGCCCCAUCCUUAUACUACUCCUGACUUUUGAAAUGUUUUUAAUUUUGUACAUAAACCUAAAAAGAAAUGCAAUUAGUGUGAAUUAAAAUAGAAAUAUUUUGGGGUUUCCUUU